AUGUUAAUUUCGCGUUGUAUACUUCUAUCGAUUUGUUUUUAUUUUUGUUACACUCAAGUAACUACAAAGAAGAAUCCUCUAUUGUCUAGAAAACGACGCUACUUGUUAUUUCCGGAAGGCAGUAACUUCGUGAUGACUUUAUCCGCGAUUAAACAAUUAAUGAUAAAAGCACCAAAAUUGGUUAUGAUGCUAGGCGAAUGCGAUGUGCCGUUUAAGCUUCCAAGUGAUCCACAAUUGAUUCGUGUGCAUAAAUUUCACAGACAGAGGAGAGAAAUUUAUACACAAUUUGAGGAUGCUUUUACAGAAUAUGGAUUAAAUGGAAGAGCUUGCGUAAAAAGAAUGAUUUGUGACGCUCACGUGUAUUUACCGGAAAAAGGGCAAUCGUUGGUUGCUGAUCUGUUAGCUACGGUUUUUGUGUAA